UUAAGACGAGGUUGAUUCGGUUUAAAUUUAGCUCCACAGUGACAAUGUUCGAAAACCGCGAUUCUUUGUCUGGUGCCUCGAGUCCAGACUACGAGCAUUUCAAUCAAAAACUAACGGACUUAACCAACUCCGGUGGUGACAAGUAUAUACCGACGAUGUUGCCGGGCCUGCAGGGCGCCAAAAGUGCUUUUAACAUGUACAACUCGAUCCAUCGCAGUCCAGAACCCUAUGGCGCCACUAACAUGAAGUUCUACGAUGAAUAUAGGGAGGACGCUUACUUAACGGACUUCCAAAGGUCCCAAGAUCAAAUGUACCCGAACCAAUACCACCACCAUCAAAAUGGUAUGGCGUUCAUUAAAGUGGAACCCACAGAAGAUGAACCGCAACUGCUCAAGACCCGCACAUUAGGGCGCAAAAGAAAGAGCAUAGACUCGGAUUCCGAUGAGAAUUCAUUGAGUGGCAGACCGAAAUCCAGAAGGAAACUGCCGCAGAGUUUCGAGGAGAUCCAGAACCAACGGAUCAUGGCGAACGUGCGCGAAAGACAAAGGACCCAGAACCUGAACGACGCCUUCGCCAGCUUGAGGAAGAGCAUCCCGACGCUACCCUCCGAUAAACUGUCGAAGAUCCAGACGUUGAAGUUGGCCGCGAGGUAUAUUGACUUCUUGUAUCACGUCCUGUCCACGUCGUCCCCGGAGAAUAAUCCUGGAGACGGGGACGUUUUGGGGAACGUCUGCUCCUAUACCGCCCACGAGAAGUUGUCCAGGGCGUUCAGUAUGUGGAGAAUGGAGGGCGACUGGAACAAUACGCUUUGAGGGUAACUCUUUUUUUGGGCUUUUUUUUUAGGUUAAGUUAUGUUGUUUUUCGUGGUUAUGAUGUGGAAAAAAGAUUUUAUGGGUACGGGAUUAUUGGAAGUGCAAUUUUUGUUAAAAAUUAAAUUUUUCUAUAAUUGUGUCAAAAAAUCCGACUUAUAUGGAGUGUCUCCAUGGGGGCCAGAAAGUGAUUUUUUAAACCUGGAAAGAAUACUUAGCACUUUAUUCCAGGCUUUUCAGUCACGAAAUCUCCACUUUUUCAGUAUUAAGUUAAUUAAACCGGUUUUCUGGAAAGAAGUUGAAUUUUUGCUCCAUUAUAGCUGGAAGUUUUAAGGUAUUUUAGUUAAAUAAAUACCUUCAUUAUUCGAGGUGCCCUUUUACUUGUUUCUUUAUUCUAGACCCUCCAACAGUAAUUUUUACUAUUCCAAUUUAAUCAAACAAAACAAUCCUUAUUGGACUUAAAUGUGGAUUAUUCCAUGCCUUCCAACACUAUUUCCAAGAGACUGAAUUACUUUUCUACCUCGUUUUUAUGCCAUUAUUUGAUUUAGAAUCUCGUAACUGAUAAAGUGACACUAUACUUUAUUUCAACUUUUCAGUUUUAAUCUUUAAUAUUCCAGGUUCCCUUUCUGGAAUAUUAAUUCCAAAAAUCCCCAAAGAUUUUGAAGUUUUCAAUUUCUGGAGUCUUAUUUGCAUUAAAAUUCAAUGUUUUCUUGCUUCAAAAUAUUAAUUUUUUCAGUCUGGAUAGCAAAUUAUUCUCUUAUUCCAGGCAUUCCAACAGUGUUGCCAGAGAGUUAUAUUUUAGCCUGGAAAUCAUAGUCAUUUUAUUCUAGACUUUCCAUUGAAAAUAACGAUCGCAAAAGUCGAAUUUAUUUUUUUGUAACUAGGGGUGCCUAGGCAUAUUAAUUUUCAAUAGGUCUCCAGAUCCAUAUAAUAAGGAAUAUUAAUAGGAAUAUUCUUGUAAAACGAACAUCUAUUCCAGGCAUUUCAACAGUAUUGCCAGAGAGUUAUUUUUUAGCCUGGAAAUCAUAGUCAUUUUAUUCUAGACUUUCCAUUAAAAAUAUGAUCGCAAAAGUUGUCAGUCGAAUUUAUUUUUUUUGUAACUAGGGGUGUCUAAGCAUAUUAAUUUGUAAUAAUCCUCCAGAUCCAUAUAAUAAGGAAAAUUAAUGGGAAUAUUCUUGUAUAACGAACAUUAUUAUAUUUAGAGGAAUAAUCUUGAAAAUGUUGAAGCAUAAAUUUUGAAGAAGUCAACAUUAUUAAGUAGAGGAAACUAAGGAGAAUGUUUGAUCUUUAAGGUGAGUGCUGUCUUCAAACUCCAAUAUUUCGAAAACUAAUUGGAAUAUUUUCAUCAAAUAAAAAUUAUAUUAUUUUGGAGAAUAUUCCCUAAAAAUGUUGCUACAUAUUUACAUUAGUUAAAAUAAAAUUUUUGGAAAAAUCGGCAUUUUAGAGAGUGAGUUUUUUCAGCCUAGAAAUACAAUUAUUAUCUAUUUAUUCCAAGCUCUUCAUUUACAAUUUUUUUACAUUGUUAGUAUUAAUUAAAAGUCCUAAUUAAACAGAUUUUCUAUGCACAUAAAAAGUGACUCUGACAGUAACUUCCAUUCUUUUAAUUUAAAGUACUUAUUGAGCUUAAAUCUGGAUUAUUCCAGGCUCUCCAACAUUGUUGUCAAAAGGCUAAAUUACUUUUCUACUUUUCCAAUAUCUGAAAUCUUAAUUGCACCAUAAUUCUGUUUUCUUGUUGAAAAAUAAUAAUUUUUUUAGUCUGGAUAACAAAUUAUUCAUUUAUUCCAGGCAUUCCAACAGUGUUGCCAGAGAGUUAUUUUUUAGCCUGGAAAUCAUAGUCAUUUUAUUCUAGACUUUCCAUUGAAAAAUAUGAUCGCAAAAGUUGUCAGUCGAAUUUAUUUUUUUGUAACUAGGGGUGUCUAAGCAUAUUAAUUUGUAAUAAUCCUCCAGAUCCAUAUAAUAAGGAAUAUUAAUGGGAAUAUUCUUGUAUAACGAACAUUAUUAUAUUUAGAGGAAUAUUCUCGAAAAUUUUGAAGCAUAAAUUUCAAUAGAGGAAACUAAGGAGAAUCCAGAUAGUUAUAUAGAGUGCCUCCAUAGUGGCUAAAAAGUGAUUUUUUGAGCCUGGAAAGAAUACUUAUGACCUUAUUCCAGGCUUUCCAUUCACAAGAUGCCACUUGUUCAGCAUUAAUUUAAUGUCUUAAUUAAACAGGUUUUCUGGAAGUUUUUCAAGUAAUUUAGUUAAACAAAUAUCCUUAUUAUUCGAGGUUCUCUCCAUUAUUGCCAGACAGUGACUUUUUAAACCUUGAAAUGUAAAUUGGGUUUUUAUUCCAGGCCCUUCAACAGUAAUAUAUACAAAUUCUUAUUGGACUUACAUCUGGAUUAUUCCAAGUUUUCCAACACUAUUACCAAGAGACUAAAUUACUUUUCUACUUUUUCAAGUUCAAUUUGAUUAUCCCAAUUAUUUGCCAUUAUUUAAUACAGAAUCCCGAAACUGAUAAAGUUUACACUAUACUUUAUUCCAACUUUUCAAUUUUAAUCUGGAAUAUUCCAGGUUCUCUUUCCGGCACAGGAAAUUGAAAAAUCCUUUUCACGUUUUCAAUUUUUGAAGUCCUAAAUGCACUAAAAUUCAAUUUUUUUUUUUGCUUCAAAACAGUAAUUUUUUCAGUCUGGAUAGCAAGUUAUUCAUUUAUUCCAGGCAUUCCAACAGUGUUGCCAGAGAGAUAUUUUUUAGCCUGGAAAUCAUAGUCAUUUUAUUCUGGACUUUCUAUCGAAAAAUACGACCGCAAAAAUUGUAUUUUGUCUCCAAGUCAAUCGAAUUAACCUUUUUGUAACUAGGGGUGUCUAAGCAUAUUAAUUUGCAAUAAGACUUCAGAUUCAUAUUAUAAGGAAUAAUAAUGGGAAUAUUCUUGUAAAAUGAAUAUUAUUAUAUUCAGAGGAAUAAUCUUGAAAAUUUUGAAGCAUAAAUUUUGAAGAAAUCAACAUUAUUAAGUAGAGGAAACUAAGAAGAAUAUUUGCUCUUUAAAGUGAGUGCUGCCUUCAAACUCUAAUAUUUCGAAAACUAAUUGGAAUAUUUUCAUCAAUCAAAAAGGAGAAUAUUCUGGAGAAUAUAUCCUAAAAAAUAUAUUAACAGCUCAAAUUAGUUGAAAUACAAGUUUUAGAAUUACAGGCAUUUUUUAAUUGUGGAUCCCAGGAACACUCUGUGCUCUCCAAGAAAGUUAGUCACUUCAAACUGCAAAAUCUCAAAAACCAAUUGGGCUAUUCUCAUAAAACAAAAAGUAGAUUAUUCUGGAGAAUAUUCCCUAAAAGUUUUGUUAAUAGUGUAAAUCGGUUUAAGUGCAAUUUUUGAAAAUAUCGGCACUUUUAAGUAGUGGAGCCCAAGAACAUUGUCUAACCGUUAAACUCACUUAAAUUCGCAGAAUUUUUAAAAAAUGGGAACAAAAUUAAUUAUUUAGAAGACUAUUUUGAUUCAAAUUAUUUUAAGAAGCAUUUUCAAAAAUAUUAAGAUGUUUCGGCAUAAAAAACAGCCAUCGUCAGACUUAUUAAUCUCGUUCCAAAAAUCUUUUUUCUACAUAAAUUUUAUAAUAUAUAUUUUGUACAUAAAUUAGUUGCAUUUAACACCGUUAGUUUAAACUAAACUGUAUAUUUCUACUACUAAAUAAAAUUCCACUAUAUUGUACAUUAGGAUCACGAGCGUAUACCAAAAAACGAAUUGUAUAUAACACCCAUAUUAGUAUAUAAGGAUUUACUCUUAGUGGGAGGUACCGCCUCCGCCAUUUUGUGAUUUAGAUAUACGAACUUAUAUAUACAUAUAACAAAAAAAACAAACAAACAUAUACGUCAUAAAAGUUAACUUGAUACCUUGAGAACCGUUUUGUGUCUCUUCUUUGCAGCUGUUCGAUUUUUUUUUCGAGUUUUUAAUGUUUCAGUAGUUAAUGACGACGGGUCGUGGGUUUGUGUCUAUUUUUAGUUUAAAAGGGUUGUAUUUAAGUUAAAAUUUUAGUUAUUAGGUGCUAUUGUAGCGGAUUAUUUAUUUUUUUUGUUAAAUAAAAUAUUUUUGUAUUUUU